AUGACGCUUAACAUCACGAAGCGGCUUUCUGCAGUUUGCCGUGAACGGGCUCUCUGCUUUUUACGCGAUCGUCAAGGCACAGUCUCGAGAAGCAGAUUUUAUAGACCAGAUGAUCGGCAGACGUGCUUAUGGCAGGGCACCGGCAUGAUGGGUGGACGCAGUGAAGAACGCGAUUGGCGGCGGCAUGCAGCGCACGUAGUGGAGGAACAAGUCAUGUGGUCACCAUCCUCAGAAUCGAGGGACCAAGCAAGAAGAAGAAGAUGUAAAGUACAAAAUGCUCGAUGGUCGCUGAAACCAUGGAGAGGUGAAUUUGAAUUAGGUCUA